UCAUUGAGCUCUAUUGUUAUUCAUUAUUUUCCAUAAACAUAUAUAAUGAAUUACCUUAUUUCUUUCUUCAUCAUCUUUUCAUUAUUUCAGAAUUCAGCUAAGGGAUUUUACUGGAAAAUGGCACAAACAUGGUUUACUAUCCAUGGUUUGUGGCCAUCUACAAACUUCUUUCCACAACCAUCCAAGUGCACAAGUGACUUAUUCGAUCUUUCCAAGAUCCAAAAUAUAGUACCUCAGCUACAUCAAGAUUGGCCAAAUUAUCUUCGUAGGCGUGAUUCAGAAUUUUGGGAAUAUGAGUGGAAGAAGCAUGGAACGUGCUCCAAUAUGCAGCAAUUUGAUUACUUCAGAUUGGCAUUAGAUAUCUAUGCAAGGAAUGAUCUUGAAGCAAUACUUAGAAAUGCGGGUAUAUCACAUUCACAUGGUAAGACAUACGUUACAAAUGAUAUCAUCUCAGCUAUACGCAACUCAGCUAUAGGUGUUGAACCACAACUAAUCUGUAGAAAAACUGGAAAUCUAUCUGAAAUAAGGAUAUGUUUGAACACAGACCCUAUUCCCCAGUACAUCAAUUCUGCUUCACAAGGAAACUGUACUUAAAAGACAAUGGAAUGCAAACACCACGUGCAAUCUCGUGAAGUCUACGACAUUGUCUCCAAAAAUUG